UCGCUUAGUGCCUGCAACUACCUCUCUCGCCCUUUCGUUUUUUCAGAGACUCUCCGCUUUUCUUAUUCUUCUUCUUAUUCUACCAAUUUUUAGGGUUUUUUCUGAGAGAGAUGGCGGAGACUGAGACGUUUGCCUUCCAGGCUGAGAUCAACCAGUUGUUGAGUCUCAUCAUCAACACCUUCUACAGCAACAAGGAGAUCUUCCUUCGUGAGCUCAUCAGCAACGCCUCUGAUGCUCUAGACAAGAUCCGAUUUGAGAGCUUGACUGACAAGAGCAAGCUCGAUGGACAACCUGAGCUCUUCAUCCACAUUAUCCCUGACAAGGCAAACAACACCCUGACCAUCAUUGACAGUGGUAUUGGCAUGACCAAGGCUGAUUUGGUGAACAAUCUUGGUACAAUUGCUAGGUCUGGCACCAAGGAAUUCAUGGAAGCCCUUGCUGCUGGGGCUGAUGUGAGUAUGAUUGGACAGUUUGGUGUUGGUUUCUAUUCUGCUUACCUUGUUGCUGAGAAGGUCAUUGUCACCUCGAAGCACAAUGAUGAUGAGCAGUAUGUCUGGGAGUCCCAGGCUGGUGGGUCAUUCACUGUUACCCGUGAUCCUGGGGAGAGCCUUGGCAGGGGUACCAAGAUUACUCUCUACCUUAAGGAAGACCAGCUCGAGUACCUUGAGGAGCGACGGCUCAAGGACUUGAUCAAGAAGCACUCUGAGUUUAUUAGCUACCCAAUUUCUCUCUGGAUUGAGAAGACCACAGAGAAAGAAGUUUCUGAUGACGAAGAUGAGGAAGAGAAGAAGGACGAGGAAGGAAAGGUUGAGGAAGUCGAUGAAGAGAAGGAGAAAGAAGAGAAAAAAAAGAAGAAGGUCAAGGAGGUGUCCCAUGAGUGGUCCUUGGUGAACAAACAAAAGCCCAUUUGGAUGAGGAAGCCUGAGGAGAUUCAGAAGGAAGAGUAUGCUGCUUUCUACAAGAGCCUUACUAAUGAUUGGGAAGAACACUUGUCUGUGAAGCACUUCUCAGUUGAGGGCCAACUGGAGUUCAAGGCUAUCCUAUUUGUUCCUAAGAGGGCACCUUUUGAUCUCUUUGACACAAGGAAGAAGCCCAACAAUAUUAAGUUGUAUGUUCGCAGAGUCUUUAUCAUGGACAACUGUGAGGAGCUGAUCCCUGAAUACCUUGGAUUUGUUAAGGGUAUUGUGGAUUCUGAGGACCUUCCCCUAAACAUUUCAAGAGAGAUGCUUCAGCAGAACAAAAUCCUCAAGGUCAUCCGCAAAAACUUGGUCAAGAAAUGCCUUGACAUGUUCUUUGAGAUCGCUGAGAACAAGGAAGACUACAACAAGUUCUACGAGGCCUUCUCUAAGAACCUCAAGCUCGGUAUCCACGAGGAUUCCCAGAACAAAACAAAGCUUGCUGAGCUACUCCGUUACCACUCCACCAAGAGUGGUGAUGAGUUGACCAGUCUUAAGGACUAUGUGACCAGGAUGAAGGAGAGCCAGAGUGACAUCUAUUACAUCACUGGCGAAAGCAAGAAGGCUGUAGAGAACUCCCCAUUCCUUGAGAAGCUGAAAAAGAAGGGCAUUGAGGUUCUCUUCAUGGUGGAUGCCAUUGAUGAGUAUGCUGUUGGUCAGCUCAAGGAAUUCGAAGGCAAGAAACUUGUCUCAGCCACCAAGGAAGGCCUCAAGCUUGAUGAGAGUGAGGACGAGAAGAAAAAGAGUGAAGAACUGAAGGAGAAGUUUGAGGGACUCUGCAAGGUGAUCAAGGAUGUGUUGGGUGACAAGGUUGAGAAGGUCGUUGUGUCUGAUCGCGUAGUUGAUUCUCCCUGCUGUUUGGUGACUGGUGAGUAUGGGUGGACAGCAAACAUGGAGAGAAUCAUGAAGGCCCAAGCCUUGAGGGACAGCAGCAUGGCUGGGUACAUGUCCAGCAAGAAGACUAUGGAGAUCAACCCUGAGAACCCCAUUAUGGAGGAGCUCAGGAAGAGGGCCGAUGCUGACAAGAACGACAAAUCUGUGAAGGACCUGGUUCUCUUGCUCUUCGAGACUGCUCUUCUCACCUCUGGCUUCAGCCUGGACGAGCCCAACACCUUUGGCAACAGGAUCCACAGGAUGCUGAAGCUUGGUUUGAGCAUCGAUGAGGAAGCUGGUGAUGGCGAUGCGGACAUGCCCCCAUUGGAGGAAGCUGAAGCUGAUGCUGAAGGCAGCAAGAUGGAGGAAGUCGAUUAAAUUAACCAAACCCCUUUUACCCGAUUAGUUUCUCUUUUUAUCUUAAUCUUAUUAGCGUUUUUACAUAUAUUUUCUUUAUCUGAACAAUUUUUGCAAAUCCUUCUGGAUUAUCUUGUGUUUGGGAAUUUCACAGUUUUCCAUGAUGUUAGUUAUUAAUGCCUAGUUUCUUUUUUGGUUGUCU